AAGGUGGCAGACAACAGGCUGCUGCUGCGUGCGCUGCUAUUUCGGUGCGUUGCGCCAUUAAAAGCCUUCAGUGGCGUCCAGGGAGCCGCUGCACUGACACACUUGGAUAUCUGCUGGCGGCUUUGCGUGGGCACAUUCUUUCCCAGCGACGGGAACACGUUGGACAUGAGAGGCGGUUACAAGCCAAGCGGGGCCACCUUAAAUCACACGCUGACAUAAUAAGAACUCUACUCUCCACCCAUAUCCGAGAAGAGUGUGUUAAGAGGUGUCUCACCUUCCCGACUGUACUCUUAUUACCAAGAAAGACGCCGGUGUGCUGACAACACGCCGAGGCAUCUUAGGACAUUACUGCAGCUCCUUAUUGGUCAGGAGUCGCGAGGUCCGCUGCGUAAAAACGUCGCGCGCGCUGGACACGCACGGGCCUGUUGGAGAGAAAAAAGAAAACUUGUGGAUACCCAAGUGGAUUUAUCUGAGAGCUUUUAUCACGGUUUGGGUUUGUUUUACAUGCCAAAGCUGGGGGAACAGACUGGAACACAGCACGCUGCUGAGCGAGGCUUCACAGUUUUCGCCACAAUUAUUGGUUAUCGGAUGGACCAGCACCCCAGCGCCCGGAGCUGCACCAGUCGCGGUGCUUCGUCCUGCGAGGCCGUCCCGACUGAGCCCUCCAUGAAUCUGUACAUCCACUCCACCACCGGCACACGCUUCGAGCUCUCCCUGCCCCAGGAGGAGACCGUGGAUGGACUGAAGAGGAGGCUGUCACAAAGACUCAAAGUACCAAGAGAGAGACUCGCUCUGCUGCACAAAGAAACGCGACUAAGUUCAGGCAAACUCCAGGAUCUGGGCAUCUCGGAUGGGAGCAAGUUAACACUUGUACCAACAGUCGAAGCAGGAUUAAUGUCUCAAGCAUCAAGACCCGAGCAGUCCGUAAUGCAAGCCUUGGAGAGUUUAACAGAAACUCAGGUCAGUGACUUCCUGUCCGGCCGCUCUCCUCUCACCCUGGCACUGCGCGUCGGUGACCACAUGAUGUUCGUCCAGCUCCAGUUGGCGGCGCAGCAGUCCGGCGGCCCCCAGCUCCAGCACAGACACCUCAUCACCCGGGGCAACGCAGACACUGCAAUGGGACAGCCCACGGGGCAGCCCCGUGUUCCCCACCCUCACCCACACUCCCACCACCACCCCCAUCAUCCACACAGUCACCCCAGCUCCCACUUGUCCCAACCUCACCUGGCCCCUUCCUCCCCCUCUUCCCCGGGCUCCCCGUCCUUCCCCCUGCCCUCCACACACCACCAGCCGCUCCCUCCCAUGUACCACCAGUCGCCCUCCUCCUCCUCUCACUGUAGCCCCCCUACUCCCCCUCCUCCGCCCCACUCCCCUCGCCCCUCCCACGUCCCUGGAGGUCUUUUCCGCUCUCCAGCACAUCAUCAUCAUCACCAUCACCACUACCACCAGCCUUCCUCAAGCCAACCCAGCCACGACAUUGGCCAGGCCAGCCCCGUAGCCCCGGUCAUCUGCCCUGAAGCUAACUGCAGCACCAACAGCCCCAGCAGUGGCAGCAGUCCCUCAACACGCUCCCGUAAACCCGGUGCCAUCAUUGAGAGCUUUGUGAACCACGCUCCCGGAGUCUUCUCAGGGACCUUUUCAGGCACUUUGCACCCUAACUGCCAGGACAGCAGCGGGCGUCCCAGACGAGACAUCGGUACCAUUUUGCAGAUCCUCAACGACCUCCUGAGCGCCACGCGCCACUACCAGGGCAUGCCCCCCUCCCUCACCCAGCUCCGCUACCAAACCCAGUGCGGUUCACCCACUUCCCCAUCCCCCUCGCCGCCUCCUUCGCCCCAGGUUGCCGGCAUGACGGGCCUCUCUGCCAAAGCUACCUCUGUGCCCGCCAGCAGCCCCAGCAGCCCUCCGCCGACUCUUCAUCCGCUGGUGCAGUGCCAGAGUCAGAUCCGCAUGUGCAAACCCCCUGGUGACCGAAUUCGUCAGACCGAGAACCGUGCAACUCGCUGCAAGGUGGAGCGCCUGCAGCUGUUGAUGCAGCAGAAGCGCCUGCGCAGGAAGGCCAGGCGGGAUCAGCGCGCCCCGUACCAGUGGCUGCCCAACCGGAAGGCGGGACGCAGCAACAGCAACAGCAGCAUGUCCAGCGAGGGCUCCCUGGACCUGGACUUUGACGACUCAGUGUGGAAGCCCGACGUCAAGGCUGACUUGAAGUCCGAAUUCGUCAUGGCCUGAACACGUCUGAUCCCGCACACCAGGGGCAUAGAUUCAAAGAUGUGCGAAGCAUUGCUUGGGAUUUACUUAGAGAUAUAUUUUGAGGGAGUGGAUUGGCAGGAGGUGACACAGAACUGUGCAAAGAGGAAAUCAAAAGGUUGUCCUCGUGACUGCCGUCUGUCACACGACACACACGGCUCCCCUGCAGACUUUAAUCCCAUUUUGUCCUUCACAGUUGUGAAAAAACAGCAAGAGAACUUUGUUUUGAUGCUUGGAUUAGGACAGGCAACAACCGGACAUAACAGUGUACAAGACUUUUUAACGGUGUGAUUACAGAGACCAUACCUGAACUUGAGCAUAGCAGAAUUCAGUGGGUGGUGGUGGCGGUGGUGGUGGUGGUAUUUUCAGAUUUUUUUUUUCUAAGAUUUGUUUUUUAACGCGCACUCUGGACAGCAAUGAAGAGAUCCACACUGGACUUUUAAACAGGACAGGAGCACCAGAGGCCUCAGUGUUUCCUAUUCACAAGAUGGCAGAACUGCCAAACUAUGGAUUAUUCCAACGGGCAUUCUUAUCGAUCUCAAAACUCACCAACCAGAGUCUAGUUUUUACCUGUUACGGGGUGGUUAAACUCUUUUUUUUUCCAUUUUGAAACAUAUUAUUAUAUUUUAUAAACAAAAAAAUAUGUAGCAUUGUUCACAAAGCAUUCAGGUUUUCAUAUAACAGUUCAAAGUAGUUGUUGAUUUGCACAUUUUCUUGAUUUAUAACAGCUGGUCAAUGUGUGCAAGAAGGAGGAGGUGGGGCCUGAAACAAAAAAAAAAAAUGAAUAUGGAAGUAUUGAUAUCAACCUCAGUGACAUAGGGUAUCGAUAGGAAUGAUUAAUGAGUAAACAAAAAUGAAUUAAUAUUAACAGAAAGUGCUUUAGAGGAUUUUAAAAUCUUUAAAAUGUAUAUGGAAAAAAAAAAUCUAUUUUUUAUUUCUCUUCCUAUCUGCUGUUUUCAAAAAACAGCAGCCCUCUGUGGCUUCAGUCAAGUCGUUGACUACCGACAAGUACAUCCAUUCAAUCAUUCAUUAGCUCAUUCAUGAAUUAUAGCCACAACAGAUAAUACGGAAAGAUAAAAUUUCAUCCAGCCCACCUCAUGUCUUACAGACCUGAAAGGACUUGUUGAGGGUUUGUAUUAGUUUGUGUACAUAAAUGUGACAAUUGGCAAAGGUUUAUGAGGGUGUGUGUGUAUGUUUGACUUAAGUGUAAAUUGAUUUAGACUCCCCCAUGUUUUUGUCUUCUCCCGAACGACCCCAUAGUUUCUCCAAGAUCCUGAAGAUCAGCUGCAGUGAAUGCAUGGGUCACUACUUUAUAUCACCACAGGAUAAAAAAACAUCAAAUUCUGAGUUCCUUUACAAGUCCUCAUAAUAAUGACUCUAUUUUUUUAUUGGCAAAAAGAGGGAGAAGAAGUGGGAUCUGUAUCCAGCAUCAUUAUCUAGUGCCUCCACCAGUACAUCCGUUGACAUAUCAGGUUAGGCCUUUCACAGUUUUGCUGCUACACACGGGGACUUCAAAUGACAAAAAAAAAAAGAAAAAAAAAAA